UAUUUUGCGUUUAUAGUAAUCGAAAUGAGAUUGCGUUCGACGUUAAAAUUAAAAAUACUAUUUUUUAUUAUGAGAAUACUUUAAGUGUGGGAGAGCCAUGCUUCGACAUGAAUGGGCCGGCUCGACCGGAGGCCCAAAUACCCUCCCCUUCUCCAAUCUCCCCAAUUCCUGAAUCCUCAACGAUCCUCAAACUCCCAAUCCCGAAAAGUCUCCCCAAUCCCUGAAUCCCCAACGAUCUUCAAACUCCUAAUCCCCAAAAGGCUGGUGUUCCAGGUGUCCAUGGGCGACGCCGAAUGCUUACCAUCAGGUGAUCCGUCUGCUCGUUUACCGGCUUAUACCAUAAAAAAAGAUCGGCCAUUCAAACGAUUAAAUGAUCACAUUGUUAUUUUACAGAAUAACAAGUAA